AUGAGUAGCGAUUCAUCUUCCGAGAAUUUGCAGGCUUGUCGAUUAUGCCACUCUAUUGUAUACCAGUUUCUUAACAGUAGUUUUGAUGAGACUCUGAGUCAGAUGGACGUGGACAAAAACGAUACGAUUCCGUCUUACUACACACCGGAAUUGCAUAAAGAGACGCAGACAAUGGUGAGAAAUACCCUGAAAAUUUAUGAGGAUGUGUUGAAUGACUACUCUAUGGAAGAACUCUCCAUUAGUUACAACGGAGGAAAAGACUGCCUAGUAAUGCUAGUGAUUUAUUUGGCAGCCAUAUACGAGAAGACGAGAGAAGGAAGCCUUAUUAACUCAGUUUAUAUCAACAACGAAGAGGCAUUUGAAGAACAGGACAAGUUUCUUGAUAAUACAGUGAAAUACUAUGGACUUGACUUUAUUCCAAUAAGAAGCGAGAUGAAAGAGGGAUUUGAGAGAUAUCUUGAGAUGAAGAGUCAGAUCAAGGCGAUUAUAGUUGGAAUUCGAAGAAUCGACCCUUAUGGAGAGAAGCUGAACAUUUCACAAAGAACAGACAACGGCUGGCCGGACUUUGUUAGAAUUCAUCCGGUUCUAGAGUGGAAGACAAGUGAAGUAUGGUACUUUUUGAAAGCGACGAGGACGGAGUACUGCGAGUUGUAUGACAAGGGUUAUACGUCUUUGGGAGGAAGGAAUAGUACAAUUCAGAAUCCCUUACUCAAGCAGAAGGAUGGGAAGUAUCUUGCAGCUUAUAUGUUGGAUGAUGAUAGAAAUGAGAGGUUGAGUAGGGUGAAGAGGAGGGAGGAGAAGCUAUAA